ACCGUCGAUCGCUACGGACAGUCGAUGACCACCGUCGGCUUCGAGCGUUUCGGCUUCGACAGCGAGGUCCCCCUCGACGUGCUGCGUUCCAUCUACCUGCGGCCCCACUACGUCCGCAGCGCGAACGCCACGAGCCCGAAGCCUGGAGAGAAGACCAAGGAGGAGCUGGAGUCCGACGCGAUCUACUACCCAGACUCGCAGUCCAUCUCCUACAGCACCCUCACCCGCUUCCCGCCGGUCAAGCUCGUCGCGCCUGAGAAGCGUAAGCGCGUCCUUGUCACCGGUGGCGCUGGAUUCGUAGGCUCCCACUUGGUCGAUCGCCUUAUGCUGCUCGGCCAUGAGGUCACUGUCCUUGACAACUUCUUCACCGGCUCGAAGACCACGGUAGGCCACUGGGUAGGGCACCCAAACUUUGAGCUCGUCCGCCACGAUGUCGUGGAGCCAUACAUGACAGAGUGCGAUCAAAUCUACCACCUCGCGUGCCCCGCGUCCCCGCCGCACUACCAGUUCAACUCCGUGAAGACGGUCAAGACGUCCUUCAUGGGCACGCUCAACAUGCUCGGCCUCGCCAAGCGCACGAAGGCACGCUUCCUGAUUACCAGCACGUCCGAGGUGUAUGGCGACCCUGAGGUGCACCCACAACACGAAGAGUACUGGGGCAAUGUGAACCCCAUCGGUCCUCGCGCGUGUUAUGACGAGGGUAAGCGUGUCGCGGAGACGCUCACAUAUGGCUACCACCGCCAGGAUGGCGUCGAUGUCCGCGUAGCGCGUAUCUUCAACACCUACGGUACGUUGAACCCCUUCGACGGCCGUGUCGUGUCGAACUUCAUCAUGCAGGCCCUCCGCGGCGAAGACAUGACCAUCUACGGCGACGGCUCGCAGACACGGUCCUUCCAGUACAUCCACGACCUCGUCGACGGGCUGAUCGCGCUCAUGAACUCGGACGAGACGCGCCCCGUCAACAUCGGCUCCUCCGACGAGUUCACGAUCGGCGACUUCGCGCUCCUCGUGCGCGAGAUCGUCGAGAAGGUGCAGAAGGAGGACGGCACACUCCCCACGCCCCGCGUCCAGGUUAUCUACAAGCCCCUCCCCACCAACGACCCCCAGAAGCGCCGCGCGGACACCACCCGCGCCAAGCAGGUGCUAGAGUGGCAGCCCCGCUGGACGGUGCGCAUGGGUGUCGAGGAGAUGGUGCGCUACUACAAGGCGAAGAUGGCCGAGGGCAGCAUCUAAGGGGUGUAUACGUAUUCUGAUCAUGCUCGAACGAAACGAACGCUUCACAUCUGGGGUCCCGCUACUAUAAAUAAUCGGCAAAAAUGGGUGGUCUACGUUGGAUAAUGCUGCUAUGUAGAUGAUGUGCGACGUGCAUACGUGUGCUAGAUACAAGCGUGCGCCGAGGGCCACGAUUAGUCGAAAGCCUAUACAACAACUAUAUACCCUUACAACCAAGGUUACUUUUCCGACCUGCGCUCCAGCGUACACCCGCUCCCAAAAUGUGAAUCGAUAACCAUAAGCAGAAGAGGAUCGCGCGCAUGUAGGUAGUGAAAGUCUAACACCGACAGGCGCCCGGAUAGGCCAGAGAAGGCAGUCUAACUACAGUACUCGCUGGU